AUGGUUCUUAAAUUGUUGGGCCUACUGUGUACGUAAUCUAUGUAUGCCCGGUUAAUUGCACUUCCCUCUUCCCCGUUUCACGGCGGAUUUAAGGCGCUGAAGUGUAAUCUCAUCCAUUUCGACUUGCGGUUUUUGGAAGUGCGAUCAUUCAAGUGUGACUUUAGCUGAAAUUUAGUUCACAAAGCAAUUGGCCAAAAAGAAAAAAAAAGGUUGACUGCCGAUUUGGGCAAUUGGGUGUGUCUGUAAUUGAAAGAAUAGAAAAAGCGUACAGUGCGGAUCAAUUUUAAGAAACUAUACAUUAUUAGUAUUAUUAGUAGAUAUUAAACUUUAAUUACAUUUUACUCAGUCAAUAGAGUAUGUGAAAAAUUCGUUAAUUUAAUAUUAAGUUUUGAAUUACCAAAUCAACUUUUGAAAUAUAUCUUAAUUUGAUCUCAUAUAGUUUUCCUAUAUUAUUGUAGUGCACUGUGAGUGUUCAUUUAAAUGGAAUCAAAUCCAUCAUUUUCACGCCCGAUUGGGAAAACUGGAAUCAGUUUCUUAAUUAACGUAAAAAAAUGAUCAAAAUAGAAAUUCUGAGCACUUCCAGUUUUUUGUUUCGUACAAGGGAGAAAUGUCAUUCAUUAAAAGUAGAUAUUUAGUAGCCAGAACAAAGUGCAAUGCAAGCAUCAAACAUUUUUGCAUUGUCCGUUCAUUUUCCAGUAUUUAUUACCAAUUUAAGUCAUAAGCCAGGCCAAAUAAUGUAAACCGGUUUCGGUAUCGGAUUAAGCGCGCUAGCCAAGAUCGCUUGAUCUCACUAGUAAGACACCUUGAUAGCCGGAGUUGGAUAGUCACUUCGUGACUGAAUCUCACUUGAAAUGGUCCGAUCAAGUUGGUUGAAAGUGAGAGUACUCCCGGUGCUGUGGUUCCUGUUCCAGGGGAUCCCCUUGCUGGCCAUUCGCCUAAAGCCCUGCGAACUUGCUGGUCAGCUUUACAUACUGGAUGUCCCGAAAUCGGAGUUGCCCCUGUGGCUCUGCAUUGCCGAGUUCGAGAGCCGCUUCAAUACGCACGUCGUGGGUCAGGGAAAUGCGGAUGGCUCCCGUGACUACGGACUCUUCCAGAUCAGCGAUCGUUUCUGGUGUGCACCGCCAAAUCGGACGGAGUACCAUGCCUUCAAUGAUUGCAAUGUGAAUUGCACUCACCUGCUGAGCGACGACAUCACCAUGGCCGUCCAGUGCGCUCGGCUCAUCCAGAAACAGCAGGGUUGGACGGCCUGGUCCGUUUAUCCGGAGUUCUGUAAUGGCACUUUGGAGACCAUCGAGGAGUGUUUCCAGCCGCACAACACCACAGAUUGUGCGUCCAGCGAGUUGGACGAGGUCAAAGGUUGUUAGCGAUAGGCUGCCAAUUAUGUCAUCACUGCCGAAAUAUGUGAAUUUGUGUAUGCAAAAUUAAAAUCUUAAUUACCGUCUAUAUACGACUUGUUUUAUUGGAUGUUUGUUCAGCGAGGUCACAGCGAGCUGCUUUCAUCGUACCCAAUUAACAGAUUUCCUCCUUCU